GUCAAAGUCAGAAUCAUGGCAUGUGCAGGACCCAUUAUAAUCACAGCCGUUCCUCAUCGCCAUAUCCAAACUCCGAUUCCUUUUCAUUUCCCUCCAAUGGCGAGGGCCUUCUUGGGCUCCACGCCUUCUUCCUCUCUACUCACCACUUCACGUCUCUCUUCCUUCACCCCAUCACUCAUAAACAAUCAACGACGCCGCUCCCUUCGUCUCACCACCGCUGCCGUCGUCGCUAUGUCGGAGUUUCCGUCGGAGAAGCCGAUUCAACCUCACCCGUCGCUGGAGGUCAUUGGUGGAGGCUGUGAUCGGUUCCUCCCGGCUUUAAAGGACUUGAAUCUCCCUUAUAAGCCUUUUCCUGUAAUUGGGUGGAAUCGCCAUUUGGAGACCAUUUUUGCUUCCUUCUAUAGGAGUUGCCCCGAUGUUAGGUUCCGCCGGGAGUGUCUGCGUGCGGCGGAUAACGGCACCGUUGCUCUCGACUGGGUUGUCGGUGACGAUCUCCGUCUGCCUAUUGAUGCACCUGUUCUUAUUCUUCUGCCUGGUUUAACAGGAGGGAGUCAGGAUUCUUAUGUAAGACACAUGUUGGUUAGAGCCAGAGAUCGUGGGUGGAGGGCUGUAGUUUUCAACAGCCGUGGAUGUGGGAAUAGCCCUGUUACAACUCCCCAGUUCUAUUCGGCUUCAUUUUUAGGAGAUAUGCGUGAAGUAGUUGAGCAUGUUACUAAAAGAUAUCCCAAGGCUAAUGUGUAUGCUGUUGGCUGGUCUCUUGGUGGUAACAUUCUUGUUAAUUAUCUGGGACAGGAUUCUUUGUCCUGUCCAUUGUCUGGUGCAGUGUCGUUGUGUAAUCCAUUCGAUUUAGUAGUAGCAGAUGAGGACUUCCGGAAGGGCUUCAACAAUGUUUAUGACAAAGCGCUCGCUCGAGCUUUACGUCGAAUCUUCAGCAAGCAUGCUGAUCUCUUCAAUGAUAUGCCUGGUGAAUUCAAUAUUCCUUUGGCAGCCAAUGCUAGAACUGUUAGAGAAUAUGAUGAUGCCUUAACUCGCGUUUCAUUUGGUUUCAACUCUGUUGAUGAAUACUACUCAAAGUCUAGCAGUUCAAAAUUCAUAAAGGAUGUCAAAAUUCCUUUGCUUUGCAUCCAGGCAGCAAAUGAUCCAAUUGCUCCAGACAGAGGAGUCCCCCGUGAAGACAUAAAGGAAAAUCCGAACUGCUUGUUAAUCGUGACACCCAAAGGUGGGCAUCUAGGGUGGGUUGCAGGCCCCAGUGCUCCCCUUGGAAAUCCAUGGACUGAUCCUUUCGUAAUCGAUUUCCUCGUGUAUUUGGAAAGCCAAGAAUCAAAAGCUUCUGCAUCUUCUACAGAUUUAACAGCUGCUGAGACGUUGGUAUAGACAUUGAUGACGAUAUCUAUGUGCACGGAUAGAACAAUCGAAAAUAGAGAUAAGCUAUCCACCUUAGUUGAUUGUUAGAUGAUUAAACAUAAUCUCAUGUAUUGAUUAAUAAUAGUUUAUAUACCAAGCAAUGUCGUUAUGAAC